AUGAAUAACGAGUUCAAGCUACAAACACCAAAUGACAUAGACAAGCAUAUAAUAGAUGAGAUUCUUGAUGAAAAUAAAAGGCCAAAUCUACAUGGAGCUAUUCAAAAUUACAUGGUACAUGGUCCAUGUGUGAAGAAAAGGAAAUGUGUACUAGACACUAAGUUCAUUGUUCUGUAUAAUCCAAAAGUGUUGCUCAAGUUCGGGUGCCAUAUAAAUGUGGAAUACACAUGCCAAACAAGUUCUAUUAAGUAUCUGUUUAAGUAUGUACACAAGGGUAAUGACCGCGUAACAGCUACUCUAUACAAUACUGGUGUUCCGUCAAAAGCCACACAAGUUGUUCACGAAAUUAGGAAUUACUACGAUUGUAGGUACAUUUCGGCAUGUGAGAUGGCAGCGAACAUGUCAUAUUCCUAUGCUCGAAAUCUGACUUAUGCUGAGUUUCCAACCAAGUUUGUUUGGAAGGACGAUUCUUCAAAAUGGUUUCCUCGAAAGAAAGGCUUCGCAAUUGGAAGAUUGACUCAUGUACCUGCAGAGUUAACAAUAUCAGAUGAUGAGAUUAAGCAGUUGUGCUUAAUGGAUAUAGACAAGAUCUUACAUUCCUAUGGUAAAACAUUGAAAGACUAUCCUCCUAUGCCUUUAGCAACUGAAGUUGAUAGUUCUUUAUUAACCAAAAGGAUUAUUAGGGAAGAGCUAAACUUUAACAGGGAUGAUUUAAAUAAAAAUGCCUCAGACAUAUUAGCCAUCGCAACACCUGAGCAGAGAUAUGCAUUCGAUAAAAUUGUUACAGCUGUGUAUUAUGAUGAAGGAAUUUUUUUCUUUGUGUAUGGUCAUGGGGAUACUAGAGAAACAUUUCUCUGGAAUCUUAUUUCUGCUGAGAUUCGCUCAAGGGGUGAUAUAGUGUUAAACGUUGCUUCGAGUGGUAUUGUAUCUUUACUUCUUCCCAAUGGAAGAACGACACACUCAAAGUUCAAAAUACUGAUGAAUAUAACUGAGGAUUUUGUAUGUAACAUCAAAUUUGGUUUCCUUCAAGCAAUGUUGUUGUUGAAAGCCAAACUUAUAAUUUGGGAUGAGGCUCCAAUGGUUAGUAGGAACUGCUAUGAAGCGCUUGAUAAAUACUUGAGUGAUAUCAUGAGGUGUUCUCCAACAUGUAGCAAAGAUUUAUCCUUUGGAGGAAAAGUGGUUGUACUAGGUAGAGACUUUAGACAAGUUCUUCCUGUCAUUCCACGAGGAUCGAAACAAGAUAUCGUUCAUUCAACCGUGAAUUCGUCUUACCUUUGGAAGUUUUGUCAGGUGCUUAAACUAACAAAAAAUAUGAGACUCUCUAUAGGGACGACUGCUUCAGAUCAAGAUGAGACAGAACAAUUUGGUGAGUGGUUAUUGAAAGUUGGUGAUGGUCUAAUAGGUGACAAUAUGGAUGGUGAAUCUGAGAUAUGUCUUCUUGGAGAUAUUGUUAUUCCUUCUUCAGACUAG